AUGUACUUCGCAUACCCACAUCCUUGCAAUCUCCAUACGAGGAUAUUCUUUGUACCACCGAAAAAUACCACUGUAACAUAUACCCUUCGCCCGUUUUGUCCCAAAAAUUAUGUCAUCCCAGUUUCUCGCACAUAG